CACAGGUCCUACAGCUCCCCCAUCCAGUAGUUACAGAUCAGGUCCUGUUCUCUGCUCCUAUAAUAGGAUAUAAUAAGCUGAUCCAGUUGUCUCCUCUUCUCCUGAAUGACCCCCAAGGAUGGACAAGGACAGGAAUGAGAUGACUAAGAGAAUAUUACACUUCACCUUGGAGAUCCUCCACCUGCUGACCGGAGAGGAUUACACCAUAGUGAAGAAGACAUGGGGGGAGUGUGUGGCCCCCAGCUGCCAUCUCCAUGAGUCAGGAGGACGGAGCAGUGCCCGGGGCCCCAUCAUGGAGCCUCCACUUCUCUCACUGAUACAUGAGGAGAAGAUCCUAGAACUCACCCACAGGAUCACUGAGCUGCUGACUGGAGAGGUUCCUAUAAGGUGUCAGGAUGUGGCGGUCUAUUUCUCCAUGGAGGAGUGGGAGUAUGUAGAAGGACACAAGGAUCUGUACCAGGACAUAGUCAUGAUGGAGGAUCACCGGCCCCUCACAUCACAAGAUGGAGUCAUUGAUAGAAAUCCACCCGAGAGGUGUCCCCGCCCUCUGUAUUCCCAGGACUGUCCAGAGGGAAAUGUCCCAGAGAACCAUCAGAACAAAAAUCUGAUGGAUAUUAAGGCUGAGAUUAAAGAGGAACCAGAAGAGGAGACGGAUUUCGGGGCCGAUCAGCAGUAUGGAGUCAUUGAUAGAAAUCCACCCGAGAGGUGUCCCCGCCCUCUGUAUUCCCAGGACUGUCCAGAGGGAAAUGUCCCAGAGAAGUAUCAGGGGGGAGAUCUGACUAAUAAUAAAGUGGAGGAUGAAGAAGAGAGGAUGAGCGGCCAUCACCCGUGUAUGAGGGAAGUGAAGGAGGAAAUUCCAGGAGGUGUUACCCCAGAAAAUCCCAGUAAGAAUUCUGAGGGAAACUUCAUGUUAUCCCUGAAUGAUAAAGGAGAAGAUGAAGAUAUGAUGGAGCGCUCCUCAGGAGAAGACCUCCUUACCCCUAAUGUCCAUCCAGAUCUAUCCUAUAAUAAUCCACCUGAUCAUCAGGAACCUUCUCCUGACCAACCACACAUUGUUACCACAAGGACAGAGCAGGAAGGGGAAGUAAGGAUUCAAUAUGAUGAAUGUGGAAAAGAGUUUACUAACAGAAGUCAAACAGAAAAGAAGCCACAUUCAUGUUCAGAAUGUGGGAAAUGCUUUCAGUAUAAAUCACGUCUUGUUGUACAUGAGAGAAAUCACACAGGAGAGAAGCCGUAUUCGUGUUCAGAAUGUGGCAAAUGUUUCUCGAGGAAAGCUGAUCUUGUUUAUCAUGAGAGGAUUCACACAGGAGAGAAGCCAUAUUCAUGUUCAGAAUGUGGGAAAUGUUUCUCGAGGAAAGCUGAUCUUGGUAAACAUGUGGGAAGUCACACAGGAGAGAUGCCAUAUUCAUUUUCAGAAUGUGAAAAAUCUUUGUAUAGUGAAUCAAAACUUGUCAAAUAUGUGAGACGUCACAGCGGAGAGAAGCCGUAUUUAUGUUCAGAAUGUGGGAAAUGUUUCCCAAGAAGAGCUGAUCUUCUUAUGCAUAUGACAAUGCACACAGGAGAUAAGCCGUAUUCAUGUUCACAGUGUGGAAAAUGUUUUUCAUGUAAAUCACGUCUUGUUAUGCAUGAGAAACUUCACACAGGAGAGAAGCCAUAUUCAUGUUCAGAAUGUGAGAAAGCUUACACGAGUAAAGGACUUCUUGUUAGACAUGUGAGAAGUCACACAGGAGAAAAGCCAUAUCCAUGUUCAGAAUGUGGAAAAUAUUUCUCAAAUACAUCUGAUCUUGCAAAACAUAGGAGACGUCAUACAGGAGUGAAGCCAUAUUUAUGUAUAAAAUGUGGGAAAGGUUUUUCAAGUAAAUCGGUACUUGUUAAUCAUGAGAGAAUUCACACAGGAGAAAAACCAUAUACAUGUUUGCAAUGUGUAAAAUGUUUCUCAAGUAAAUCUGAUCUUUUAAUACACGAGAGACGUCACAAAGGUGAAAAGCCACAUUCAUGUUCAGAAUGUGGGAAAUUCUUUCGAUAUAAUUUAGCUCUUGUUAAGCAUGAGAGAAUUCACACAGGAGAAAAGCCAUAUUCAUGUUCAGAAUGUGGGAAAUGCUUUCGAUAUAAUUCAGAUCUUGUUAAGCAUGAGAGAAUUCACACAGGAGAAAAGCCAUAUUCAUGUUCAGAAUGUGGGAAAUGUUUUCGAAGUAAACCACACCUUGUUGUACAUGAGAGAAUUCACACAGGAGAAAAGCCGUAUACAUGUUCAGAAUGUGAAAAAUGUUUUAGAAAUAAACAAAAUCUUGUUAGACAUGAAAGAACUCACACAGGAGAGAUGCCAUUUUCCUGUUCAGAAUGUGAGAAAUGUUUCUCAGAUAAAUCCCGACUUGUUAUCCAUGUGAGAGGUCACACAGGGGAGAAGCCAUUUUCCUGUUCGGAGUGUGAGAAAUGUUUUAGAAGUAAAUCAAAGCUUGUUAGCCAUGUGAGAUGUCACACAGGGGAGAAGCCAUUUUCCUGUUCAGAAUGUGAAAAAUGUUUUAGAAGUAAAUGGCAUCUUGUUGUACAUGAGAGAACUCACACAGGAGAAAAGCCGUACUCAUGUCCAAAAUGUGCAAAAUGUUUCUCAGAUAAAUCUAGUCUUGUUAAACAUGAGAGAUUUCACUCAGGAGAGAAGCCACAUUCAUGUUCAGAAUGUGGGAAAUGUUUCUCAAGUAAAUCCAAGCUUGUUAUGCACCUGAGAACUCACACAGGAGAGAAGCCGUAUCCAUGUUCAGAAUGUGGGGAAUGGUUCCCAAGUAAAUCAAAGCUUGUUAGACACGCCAGAACUCACACGGGAAACAAGUCCUAGUCACGUUCCAAGUUACUUGUGUCAAACUAAGGAGUCAUCAGAGAAGUCACACAGCAGAAGACCUUUUUUACGUUAAUAUUGUGUUCAAGGGGUAUUCCAGGAAAAAAAAUUUUUUUU